AGCAGCGCCGGCUCCCUCCCGGUCCCCGCCUCGGCCCCGGGCUCCGAAGCGGCUCGGGGGCGCCCUUUCGGUCAGUGUCGUCGUCUACCCCCUCCCCAGCCCCAGCCCCUGGGGACCCAGGCUCGCCAGCGCCCAGCCAGGGAGCCGGCCGGGAAGCGCGAUGGGGGCCCCUUCCGCCCUGCCCCUGCUCCUGCUUUUCGCCAGCUGCUGGGCGCCCGGCGGGGCCAACCUCUCCCAGGACGGCUACUGGCAAGAGCAGAAUUUGGAGCUGGGGACUCUGGCUCCACUCGAAGAGGCCAUGAGCUCCACAGUCUGGAGCAGCCCUGACAUGCUGGCCAGUCAAGACAGUCAGCCCUGGACAUCUGAUGAGACAGUGGUGGCUGGUGGCACCGUGGUGCUCAAGUGCCAAGUCAAAGAUCAUGAGGAUUCAUCCCUGCAAUGGUCUAACCCUGCCCAGCAGACUCUCUACUUUGGGGAGAAGAGAGCCCUUCGAGAUAAUCGGAUUCAGCUGGUUAGAUCUACGCCCCAUGAGCUCAGCAUCAGCAUCAGCAACGUGGCCCUGGCAGACGAGGGUGAAUACACUUGCUCCAUCUUCACUAUGCCCGUGAGAACUGCCAAGUCCCUCGUCACCGUGCUCGGAAUCCCACAGAAGCCCAUAAUCACUGGCUACAAGUCAUCGUUACGGGAAAAGGAUACAACUACCCUAAACUGUCAGUCUUCUGGGAGCAAACCUGCAGCCCAGCUCACCUGGAGGAAGGGUGACCAAGAGCUUCAUGGGGAACCAACCCGAAUACAGGAAGAUCCCAAUGGCAAAACCUUCACCGUGAGCAGCUCAGUCACCUUCCAGGUCACCAGGGAGGAUGACGGGGCAGACAUUGUAUGCUCUGUGAACCAUGAAUCUCUAAAGGGAGCUGACAGAUCCACCGCUCAACGCAUUGAAGUUUUAUACACACCAACAGCGAAGAUUAGGCCAGACCCUCCGCAUCCCCGCGAGGGCCAGAAGCUGUUGCUCCACUGCGAGGGGCGUGGCAAUCCCGCCCCCCAGCAGUACCUAUGGGAGAAGGAGGGCAGUGUGCCACCGCUAAAGAUGACCCAGGAGAGCGCCCUGAUCUUCCCCUUCCUCAACAAGAGUGACAGCGGCACCUACGGCUGCACAGCCACCAGCAACAUGGGCAGCUAUAAGGCUUACUACACUCUCAAUGUGAACGAUCCCAGUCCGGUGCCCUCAUCCUCCAGCACCUACCACGCCAUCAUUGGUGGGAUUGUAGCUUUCAUCGUCUUCCUGCUGCUCAUCCUGCUCAUCUUCCUUGGCCACUACUUGAUCCGGCACAAAGGAACCUACCUGACACACGAGGCGAAAGGCUCUGAUGACGCCCCAGAUGCGGACACAGCCAUCAUCAACGCAGAAGGCGGGCAGUCGGGCGGGGACGACAAGAAGGAAUAUUUCAUCUAGGGGCAGCCCCCCAGGGACCCCGUGGGGACUGCUGGGGCCAUCACCAACCUGGACUUGUACAGAGCGACCCCAGGGCCGCCCCUCCCGCUUGCUCCCCAGCCCCCCCCCCACACCCCCCUGUACAGAAUGUCUGCUUUGGGUGCGGUUUUGUACUCGGUUUGGAAUGGGGAGGGAGGAGGGCGGGGGGAGGGAAGGUUGCCCUCAGCCCUUUCCAUGGCUUCUCUGCGUUUGGGUUAUUAUUAUUUUUGUAACAAUCCCAAAUCAAAUCCGUCUCCAGGCUGGAGGGGCAGGGGUCCUGGGGUGAGGAAAGCAAAAAACAAAAAAGAAAACAAAAACAAAAUUAAAAAAACCCAGAGUGUUAGGAGGAGAAUUAGGAGAGGGUAAGGGCAGGAAAGAAGCGGGGUCAGUUUGGUGGGGGGCUCUCACCAGCCCUCCAUCUUCUACAGCAGGAGCUCUUCCUGGACUUCUCCAGGGACGGGGAGGUUGUGAGCAGGAGCUGGAGGUGGCUUUUCCUCUGUUAGUCGCACACCUUGAGCUCUGGACAGAGGAGCAGGUACCAUCUGACACCCCCUUCUCCACCCCAACAGGAAAGGAGUGAAUGGGGGUCCCCGAGGGGAUGUGACCUGCAGGUGGCAUGCAGCCACGUGUGCGGGGGCCCAGGGCUUCCCCGUGGGGGAGGACACAGGUCCUUGCAGGAGGGGCAGACUUGGAGAGGAAGGAUGGCAGAGAUGGCCCCCCACGAUGAAUGAAGCCAGGCCCUUUUCCCAGGAACCGCCCUCGGUGGGGAUAGCAGAGCAAGGCUGCCCUCCUUGCUCCAGCAGCUGUGGGAGAGGCACUGCUCUGGGCCCUAAACUGCAUCCGCUUCCCCGCCGAGGGGCCCUUCGCUCUCACCCGAGCCCUGGACUGUGGCAACCACUCAUCUUACGGCAUUGCUCGGCAACUCCUCCUCCCUGUCUCGUGCUGCCCUGUGCCCCUUCUUGUUCCCGAAGCUGUCCCUUAGUCCUCCCUCCCUCCCUCAGCAGCCAGGCAGACAUAACAACAAAAAUACUAAAAGGAGCUUCACUGCA